AUGCUGGGUAUGUUGAGAAUACCCGUCGUCUGGAUUAUGAUUUAUGCAGUUGUUGGGUGCGCUGUAUCGUUGUCGUUCUUGGAUCCGACAUUAGCAAAUCAUUUGGAGUCGUUCAAACUAACAUCAGCGGUGAUUGGACUAAUGUUUCUAUUGUGCGGAGGGAUUUAUACAAUAACAGCGCCGUUCUGGGGCAUAAUUAUUGAUAAAUUUCGUUGCAAUAAAUUAAUAAUGUUUUUUGGCUCAGCAGUAACAGUUAUAAGUAUGAUUAUGAUCGGGCCUGCGCCUUUUCUACAAAGCGAAAAGAGUCUACUAUGGAUAGCAGUUGCACUGUGUUUGCUGGGUAUUGCUGCCGGUGCUUUGUAUAUUCCAACAUUUCAAACAGCCAUUGAUGCCGUGCGGUAA